AUGUUGGUGCGCGUUCGGAAGGAAGACGGCACGGUUGUACGGUUCACUGUGGAGCCGCAGACCACUGUCGGUGAGCUGAAGCGGGAGAUCUUGAGGCUCGGCCAUAGUAACCGCGUUGAUCUCGAGCUUCUUAAGGAUCCUUCACUCACAGAUUCGCGCCUGCAAGAUGAAACUGCUUCCCUGGAAGCCUGCGGUGUAACCCAUGGGGACCUGCUGGUCAUCGAACGCGACCUGCAGAAGCCUCCCAACGGCGAGUCGGUGUCAGCGCCUCCGUCUGGGGCCCGGUCACCCGCACCAAACGCGACAGCCCAAGGCGGCUGCCAGAACUCCACCGAACCUACCGCUACACCGCAGUACCUUGUGUCCUAUGCGCCAAGCGGGCUCUUCACUGAGAGCGAAUACGAACGAGCGUGCGAGGCGUACUCGCGUCUGAUGGACGAACGACGAAAGCGGAAACAGCACGAGUUUAUGGAGCGGCGAGGUCUUGGCGGCCUCAAAGGAAUGACAGUGGACUACCUGGAAUGGCUUGACGCCCAGCACUUUAGACUGCGCUCUCAGGAUGAAUCACCGUGUAGUCAGUGCUCGAUCGAUCGCCAGGCUGCUGACGCCUUCCAGUCGUAUCUUUUGCGCAUCCACGACUCGCAGAUGCGUUAUGGGAUUCUCUAUGGUGACGUUGUCGCCAGUGAGGGUCUGGUGAAAGUAGAGGCGAUUUUUGAGCCACCGCAAGCCGGAGACGCCGACCGGUAUCUUCCGCUACCCGAGAGCGAGGUCGCCAUUCGAGAAGCCGACACACUCGCCCAUUAUCUUGGCAUGCGGCGAGUUGGUUGGAUUUUUACGCACCGAGCCGAGGACCGCUCGCAUGCGCUGCAUGCUCGUGAUGUUGCCUAUGCGGCUAAACUGCAACUGGAGACUACGGCAUACCACCUGGCCGAGCAGGAGCGAGAUCAAACACCCGAGGCGUCUUUUGAUUGGUCGCGGUACUUUGUCACGAUUGCUGUUUCUAUCCAGCCUGACGGUCGACGACAUUUUGAGGCAUACCAGCUGUCUGAUCAGUGUCUGUUGAUGGCACAAGCGGGAAUUUUGAUGCCGGUGAGCGAUAGCGGUGAGCUUCACACGCUCGAUGAAGUUGUUGUCGAAGGCAAUCGCGUUCGCCGAGUCGACACGGACUUUUUCCUCGUGUUGGUACCCAUUCGCGACCAUCAAGGAUGGCUCCGCACUGCGUUUCCUAUUGAGAAUCGCGAAGUGGAGCCCCAGAGCAUCACUGAUGUACAGCGUGUGCUAGAAAGCGGCUAUGGAAAAUUUACAGAGCGAAUUGCAGACUUUCAUUUGCUUCUCUUUCUUUCUCGGAUCCUUGGUAUGGAGAGCGAUAUGCCGCUCCUCGCGAAUGCUAUCGUCGAGCGACGUGACUUGGAACCGGCUGAGUUGGGAUACCAGCUACUCAUUGAGAGUCUCCGUUGA